GCUAAUAAUAACGAGCAGCGCUGCCAUGGAGGUGUUGUCCCUCACCCUGCUGCUGCUUUUCAGAGGCUUUACUGGUUCUGCUGCAGCCAACUGUGAAGUGUGUGUGGACUUUCUCCACAGACUGUAUGGCAGUCUGACCUCAGCCCACAGAGAACUCACUCCGUCCCUGGUGGAGGAAGAGCUGAUCCAGGCCUGCACUGCUGCCCAGGGGAAGGAGGCAAGGCUGUGUUACUACCUCGGAGCCAGUAGUGAUGCAGCAACCCGUGUCACAGCCUCAGUGUCUCGACCUCUGGCCUCCCACGUCCCCAUUGAGAAGAUCUGCCAGCGCCUCAGUAGCAGAGACACGCAGAUCUGUCAGCUCAGACAUGAGCCUCCGCUGAAGGAUCUGAGCAGCGAUGGACUCAAAAAGACGAGAGUCUUGGAGCUGAGGAACAUUUUAGCCUCUUGGGGAGAAGAGUGUCGAGGCUGUCUGGAAAAACACGAGUUUGUCAGCCUCAUCCAGGAGAAAGCCCCGCUGCAUGCUCCCAGGAUGGAACUCUGAAUAGUGAUGGGUGUCGUCUUGUGCUUGAUGAUGGUCCUUCUUGAACAUCAUCUUGCUGAGACAUUUUGUCCACCUAACCAACUGU